AUGGCUCCCACGGCUUCCAUCAAUGCCGUCCUCGCCAACCAGCACUACCACGCCCAGCGAGAAGACACGCCCGACUCGCCCGUGUCGCCCUCGCAGCCCACGACGCCGCAGUUUUCAUGGCCGCGCAGAGUCCGCAGUCCCGAACCUCAUCUUCCGCUGCGCAAGGCCUCGCCCGAGCGGCUGAGACAGAGGAUGCCCAGCUUGCCUACCAGUGUCCACAAGACGAGACCGAAGCCUGCCAAUCUGUUCAUCACCACUGAUGCCGGCAAAGAGGGACUGAGCCCUGCGACUGUUGGCAGUGUCGCUCCGCCGCACAGCUCCAGGGUCAAUGUCAAGAGCAACAACUGGUGGGAGAAUACCGACGAUGAGAAGAGUCCUGCUCGCCAACGCAACUUUUCCAACGUCGAGCCUCGUUCGCGUCCUCGUGAACUCUCCGUCGCCGACGCUACCCUCAAGCGACAGGGCAGCUGGCCUCUGGAAGACAGCCCCGUCUCGAUGGCUGUGCCUGAGAUGGACCGCAACGAGACUCGCACCAGCUAUCGCUCGCAAAUGACAUCGGCAAGCAGCCACAUGGACUCGACUUCGGGCACUGCACGCAGCAGCAUUGCUACCGCCGACAGCUCUGUCUCCGACUGUGUCAAGAUUGACUAUGUCGACGACGACCAUGACGCAAACGACAACAUGUCUAGCUAUGAGGAUGAUCUGUUGGAUAUGUACAUUGCUGGUUUUGGCACCCCUGUCAACCUCAGUGUCGACUUGCGCGACUCAAUGCGCAAGUCGAUGCGUUUGAGCAUGGCAAACUCUCGCACAAACAGUUUCUUGCAUGCUCCCAAGACUUCGGUCGAUACGCUGGGUGUGCGUCCUGGCACAUCACCGUCUGGGAGCGAAGUUGGGGGUGGCUCGCAUAGACGCAGUCAUUCUGCCAGCAUGGUCGAUCGCAAGAGUAUCCUUGCCGAUGCCAAUCUCACUCCCUUCGACAGGAACAACAAGCCCACGCUGUCGCACAGCAGAACUUCGACUCAGAUCUUGUCUGGACGUGACUUGCCCUCCGAACCGUUAUCAGCUCCACCACCCACCGUCGAACCUUCGCCCGUCCUGUCUCCCAUCAUCGGCUCGCCCGUGAGCACCAGCAUUCCCCUACCUCCUUCGAAACCCGUACCUCGCGAUCGAUAUGGCUUCAAGAAGACGUCUCUACACAUCGCCGUUGAAGAUUACGACGCUUGGGAAAAGGAAUACAAUGUCCACCUCGAAAGAAGACGGAACAAGUGGAACAUCUUGAUGAGACAGUUCGGCUACACGACUGAACACCCCACACGCUUCCCUACCAAAUCCGAGAAGAUCAAGAGAUAUGUGCGCAAGGGUAUACCACCUGACUGGCGAGGUGCUGCUUGGUUCUGGUAUGCUGGCGGUCCUAAGAAAUUGGCUGAGGAUCCUGGGCUAUACUGGAACUUGCUCAAAAAGGUCAACCAGGGCGCCCUGAGUGACAAUGACCGCGAGCACAUUGAACGUGAUCUCAACCGUACUUUUCCAGAUAAUGACCGCUUCAAACCGGACAAUCGACCUACAACGUCCGAACAAAGCCGUGGAAUCGGCGAGACCGAGAACGAGACUUCGAUGAUCAAGGCACUGAGACGAGUAUUACAAGCCUUUGCUGUCCACAACCCAAGUAUAGGCUACUGCCAGAGUCUAAACUUCAUCGCCGGUCUCUUACUCCUCUUCCUCAACGAAGACGAAGAAAAAGCCUUUAUCCUCCUCAACGUCGUAACCACCGAACACCUCCCCGGCACCCACGGCGUCGCCCUCGAAGGCGCAAACAUCGACAUCGCCGUCCUCAUGACCUCCAUCAAGGAAUCCCUGCCCGCCAUCUGGGCAAAACUCGACGAUAAACCGACUACUCCGGCUGCUGGGGGCGUGCCCCGUUUACCCACCGUGAGCCUGGCUACCACAGCAUGGUUCAUGUCUCUGUUUGUCGGUACUUUGCCCAUCGAAUGCGUGUUGAGGGUUUGGGACUGUCUGUUUUUCGAAGGCUCCAAGACACUUUUCCGCGUUGCCCUGGCUAUCUUCAAGCAAUCCGAACACACCAUCAAAGCCGUUUCUGAUCCGAUGGAAAUCUUCCAGCUUGUGCAGAGUUUGCCCAGAAGUAUGUUGGACGCUAACGCAUUGAUGGAAACUUGUUUCCGCAAGAGAGGGGGUUUCGGAGGAUUGAGUCAAGAUGUUGUGGAGAAGAGACGGGAGGAAGGAAGGGUUGCUACUAGGAAUGGACGGACGUUGACGGUUAGUGAGGGGGGUUGGGAGGGGGGAGAGGAGGAGGGGGCGAUGCAGAUGGGAGUGGANAGGAGGAGUUUUAUGAGGGCGAAGAGUAAGACUAGGUUUUCGAGACGGCAGACUAAGGGGGCGUAG